CAUGAACAUAUUAUCAUUCUGGUUGAUCAUUUUAGUGUCAAUAGGAUUUUCCGUAAAGUAAGUAAUAGUGUAAUAAAAAAAAAUUGGAUUAAAAACAAUGCGAUAUUUUGUGAUAGCGUAAACUCAAGAAAAUUGGUGAUUGACACGGAUGGAGAAGCUGACGAUUCAGCAGCUAUUCUGUUAACUCUAUCUACUUUUGCACAAAAAGUCUCCGAUCAUGAAGUCGUUGGAAUCACUUGCGUCUAUGGGAAUACGUAUGAAAAUAAUGUUGAGAUAAAUAUUCUAAAAACUCUCACUGUCGCCAAUUCAACUCACGUAAGUUCUUCACUGGAAAAAUUUGUAUAUACUGAUUAUUUUGGCAAGAAUGGUUUCAGUGAUUUCGAGUUUAAAGGAAAAAUAAACGGGCACGUUGAAAGAUCUACAGACGCAGCAUCAGCUCUAGUUAAUAUGGCCAAAAAUUAUUCUGGUAAAUUGGAUAUACUUGCUCUGGGCCCGUUAACAAACAUUGCCACCGCGAGCUUGCAAGACAAAAAUUUUUUGAAAAAUGUCCAUAGAUUGUAUAUUAUGGGCGGAAAUAUAAGAUCAAAUGGGAGACAUUUUCGGCCCACAUUUAACUUCGAAAGCGAUCCUGAAAGUACUUAUAUUGUUUUUAACACUUCAAGUAGUGAAACACCUUAUCUUUUGUAUCCUGGACAAACAGAUUUUGUUGCAAAUAUAUCCAAGGAGUGGAGAAUAAGGGAAUUAGGAUCAAUUAAAUCGAGAUUUGUCCAAUUCCUUAACAAAGCUGAAAAGAAAAGUUUGAGUUAUAAGGACAAAAUAUGGAGAGGCGGUGACGUCAUAACAGCUGCAGUUAUGCUUUGGCCAAACAAAUUCACUUUUAAUAAAUGCGAUGCCUAG